AUGUCAUUUCCCAACAGCUCCAGCCUCGCCCCAACUCCAUUCACCCUGAAUGGCAUCCCAAGUCUGGAGGCCCUACAUGCCUGGCUCUCCCUCCCUUUCUGCACCAUGUUUGUCAUCGCCAUGGUGGGGAACUGUGGGCUUCUGUAUCUCAUCUGCCGUGAGCAGUUACUGCACCAGCCCAUGUACUACUUCCUGGCUAUGCUGUCUUCCACAGACCUGGCCCUGUGCAGCAGCACAGUGCCCAGAAUGCUCCUUCUCUUCUGGCUUGAUUUUAGGGAGAUCAGCUUCAGCACCUGUCUUGUCCAGAUGUUCUUUGUCCACACCUUAACGGGGAUGGAAUCCGGGGUCCUCAUGCUAAUGGCCCUGGAUCGCUAUGUGGCCAUCUGCUACCCUCUGAGAUACUCCACCAUCUUAACCAACCCCAUUAUUGUCAAGAUUGGUCUGGCCACUUUCCUCAGGGGGGCUGUACUGGUCAUUCCCUUCACUUUUCUGACCAAGAGACUGCCCUUCUGCCACGGCCAUGCCAUCCCCCAUACCUACUGUGACCACAUGUCUGUAGCCAAGGUAUCCUGUGGUAAUAUCAAGAUCAAUGCUGUCUAUGGGCUGAUGGUUGCCAUUCUAAUUGGGGGAUUUGACAUCCUCUGUAUAUCUGCAUCCUACACUGUGAUCCUUAGGACUGUGAUGAGCCUGUCUUCAGCAGAGGCACAGCACAAAGCCUUCAGCACCUGCACUGCUCACAUUACUGCCAUCAUUAUCACCUAUGUCCCGGCCUUCUUCACCUUCUUCACCCACCGCUUUGGGGGACACACCAUCCCCCACCAUGUACACAUCAUCAUUGCCAACUUGUACCUAGUGCAGCCCCCAAUGAUGAAUCCCAUUGUCUACGGGGUGAAGACCAAGCAGAUCCGGGAAGCUGUGGUCAGGCUGUUGGGUGGGAAAAAGCUCACUGACCCAUAG